AUGACUGCCAAUAUCAAAGCUAUCCCGGCUGAGCUUUUGUUCAGAAUACUCCGGACCGUCGGCCAUUCUCCGAAUGGAAGGUCCGCCAUCACCUCCUGCCUACUGGUAAACCGGGUGUGGCAUGAUGUUGCGCAUUCAAUACUCUAUAAGGAUCUGGUACUGCUUGGCGGCGAUCAGAUGGACCGUUUCCUGGCAUGCCAUGAUCGUCGGGCUAUCCGCUCUAUCACCCGAUCCUUGACUCUCCGACCUAUUCAGAAAGAUGGCGAAUGGAACACGGCUUCAUACAAACGGUUAGACGCACAAAUUCUUCUACUGGCGACAGACGUCAUUGCGCACAUGGAAGCACUUGAGUCUUUCUCCCUGACAACACACCCCAGAGAGCCCAAACUCAAAUUGUGGAUUCUCAGGUCAACCAUCUCGACCGUUCUCAAGGCACUCCCUGCAAGUUGCGUGAAUUUGGAGCUUGCCACGCGAGGCGGAGAUGGGGACAUGAUCAGGGGGGUUGAUGGCGACCCGACGCACCUUUGCGAGGACUUACGCCGCUUGCUGCCUCGCAUGCAUCAUGUUCACAUCGACCUCGCCUCUGUAUGUGAUGCCAUGCUAGGCAGGUGGGACUCAGGCGACGUUUUCCGCCCCAUCAAACUUGCGUGCAUCCGAAGUCUCCAUAUUGACUGCGUGGGCAUGGAUGAGAGGAAACAAUGUGCCCACGACGGCGAUGGCGACGGCGAUCGGUACUCUUACCAGCACGCGCCUAGAUCACUCUGGGACUCGAUUAUUCGAGGCCUACAGCACGCGGUGGGGUUACAAGAGACAGAUACAGGCGAAAUCACGGUUCUGGGAUCCGCUCCGCGCGGUGACGAUUUUAACAAGGACAUAUAUUGGACCUUGCUACGUUGUCAUGUCAGAAGAGGUCACAACGGAACCACAACCUGGGCCUUCCCGAUCACCCACAUUGCACCCCUGAACGACAGUGAGUACACCUGGUAUAUCCGCGUCGAUGGCGGAACGUUUGUGGCGCUGGGCCGAAGCCCACUUUAUGACCUUGCCGCAGGGCGCCCGUGGAGGAUGUUGACUACAGGCCCAAAGCUGCCCGCGGCCAUUGAUCCUCAUGCGACACGGGUCUCGGACGAGGAGCUUGGUAUACUCACCGAGGCCCAGUGGAAGGAAAGGUAUCCCAGGAAGGCAUCCAUCUUGUGGCUAAACGAGAGGAAGGCAGGGAUGCGAUUGAUAGAUGCCGAGGAGCGGGAGGGCUCCGAGAUGAGAAGCACAGUGGAGAUAACGCCAAAAGGCUAUGUCCGACCAACUGAACAGGGGUAUUGUCGCAGCCAGGUGUUCACGGAGGAGGAAUGGCAGUACGUGAGGGAGGACAUACCGGAGGAUGAACCGGAAGAGGAAUCUGAGUAG